UGCUGCGCUGGGAAGUGACGUCAAGCCGUGCGCUGCGCGAGAUGUUGUCCCUGGUCAGAUCCCGGAGCUCUCUGUUAUCUGCCAUUAUCACACGUCAAGGGCCAAGGUUCCUGACAACCGGUGACACAGGAAGACAUGAUUCAGAGAUCCCACUGCCAGUUUGGAAGGAACGCAUCGGUGAAACACCAGAGGUCAAAAGAGCAAGACUUGUAUAUGAGAGCCGGAAGAGAGGCAUGCUGGAAAACUGUAUUCUGCUCAGUCUCUUUGCCAAAAAGUAUCUAAACACCAUGACGGACACCCAGCUAUCACAGUAUGAUCGGUUAAUCAAUGAGCCCAGCAAUGACUGGGACAUAUACUACUGGGCCACAGGAGCCCAGGAACCACCUGAGGAGUUCAACAAUGAAAUUAUGCAUCUGCUUCAGGAAUAUGCCAAGAACCGAGAAAUGGAGCAACGUCUCAGGCAGCCAGACCUAGAAGAGUCUCAUUGACUUAGAUUAUAUAUCCGUGCUCACUGAAAAAGCUGUCUAUAUAAAGGACUCAUCUGAUACAAGCUCAUGUUGGUCAUAUAUGGACAGGCCUUUCGCCAGUAACAGUGUCAGGUCUGAGUGUUC